AUGAACUUCAAAACUUGCUUCUCUGUCGCCCUCGCCACUGUGAUGGCCACGACCGCGGCUGCGGACUUCCAGUACUGCACGGACCCAGUCUGUGGUCCGGUCAACUCAGCAAAUACUGCCAGCAGAAAGGUGGUAAUGACCGCCGUUCCUUCGCUCGGUGCUGCUGUAGCAGUUGCACUUUGGGCGGCCGUUGCCAGCAGGUAUAGCGCAUUUCGUAUCUUUGGCAAGAAAGAUACAAACAACCGAGUCGCAAGUGCCAGUGUCCAAGAGCACCCCGUAGCGAUGAUGGACUUGUUGACGGGUGUGCGUGUCGUGUGUCGAGAAGACCUCCGCGUUCAGGCUCUGGGUCAUGUGGUGACCAUGACCGACGACUUCGCAGACAAAUCCAUCCACUGGACGCUCCCGAAAGCCGUCAAGGCGAGGGGUUUUCGAGCGCGUUCUGAGUCACAUUCGCAAUCUAAACGACGAGGCCAAGCGGAAACAGUUCGAGCUUGUUUGGGGUACGCAGCAUGUGGAAACAUCCUCGGGAAUAGAGGUACAAGGUCUCAGCAUCUGAGUCAACUUCUACAAUCAUCGCUGGAGGAAGGACACGUCAUGAUAAAUGGAAAUGGUAAUUAA